AAUUUAUUUCCAGUGGUGGGGGCUGCAUAGCUGGUUGACUUUGCGAGAAAAUCAAGUACGCACAGAGAUACAGAGCAAAACGCAAGUCAAAUUCAGCAAUUAGUGUUGUCGUAGACUCGCAGCCCAGUACACUCCGAUUUUCAGCUCUUCUUCGUCAUCAUCUCUCAUCGCCGACCGUGGAUUUUACCUUUAUCGGAAACACAUGGAAGACGCCGCUUCAUUCAUUGUUUGAAGUUUAAAAUAAGCAUCUUUGCGGGCCUUCAAGCCGGAGCCACCGGAAAAAGAAAGAAGCUUUCAUUUAUUAUCUUCCUGCACUCGGGAACACUUAGUAACACUUCCAUUACUAACACCUCCAAACACUCCAUCCAAACAGGCUGUGAGAAAUACUCCUGUGGUCCUCCCAUCACACGGUAGAGUGUCUACUAUUCCAUUUCAGUUCCUCCCACAAUGAUAAUGCACACAAAUGUAGUCCAUUGUCCAAACGUUCCAUCUUAGCCCGUCCCAAAGAGUCCCCACCCAAAGUACUCAUCCAGUGAAAAGUGAUAGCUCAGGAUGACAGAAGCCAGCCCUAUGACAGAUACUUCAACUGAUGCAGAUACUGAAGAUAAAAGCUCCAGGUUUCAAAAUGGUCAAUUGGUGGGUUCUGAUGGCAGUGACAAGACUAAAGAUCAAAAGACACUUCGUAGGCUUGCUCAAAAUCGUGAAGCUGCAAGAAAGAGCCGCUUAAGGAAGAAGGCAUAUGUGCAACAGUUAGAGAACAGUAGAAUAAAGCUCACUCAACUCGAGCAGGAGCUUCAGCGUGCUAGACAACAGGGAGUAUUCAUUUCAAGUUCAGGAGAUCAAUCGCAAUCCAUGAGCGGAAGUGGAUCCAUGACAUUUGAUGUAGAAUACUCGCGGUGGACGGAUGAACAAAACCGAAGAAUUAGUGAGCUAAGAGGAGCUGUUAAUGCCCAUGCUGGUGAUGGUGAACUUCGCAUUAUUGUCGACAGCAUCUUGGCACACUAUGAUGACCUUUUCAGGAUAAAAGCGGAUGCUGCAAAAGCUGACGUCUUCCAUAUUUUAUCAGGCAUGUGGAAAACUCCUGCUGAAAGAUGCUUCCUUUGGUUGGGUGGCUUUCGUUCAUCUGAAGUCCUUAAGUUGCUAGUAAACCAGUUAGAGCCAUUGACGGAGCAGCAGUUAAUGGCCAUCAACAACCUGCAAGAGUCAUCUCAACAGGGAGAAGAUGCAUUGUCCCAAGGGAUGGACUCGUUGCAGCAAUCUUUGGCUGAGACACUGAUUGGGACUCUCAGCUCUUCAAGCUCGUCGGGGAAUGUCGCAAAUUAUAUGGGUCAAAUGGCGAUGGCAAUGGGAAAGGUUGGAGCUCUUGAGGGGUUUGUAUGUCAGGCUGAUAAGCUCCGGCAGCAGACAUUGAAAAAGCUGCUCAGCAUUUUGACCACUCGCCAAUCAGCCCGAGCUUUUCUUGUCAUCAAUGACUACUUCUCCCGCCUUCGUGCACUAAGUGCUCUAUGGCUUGCUCGGCCUCGCGAUUAACUUUUAUUUAAAAGGAAAGAUACAAAGAAAGAUUGCUGUGGCGCACUUGUACAUGAAAUUCUUCGUCUGGAAUGAUGAUGAUGUGCUGCAUUAAUUUAUCACAGCUAACUGAGAUUUUGAGGUGCGGGCUUAUAGCUGUUGACUUGUUCAUCUUUGCGGAUGCUGUAUGAAUGUAAGUCUUACAGAUUCUCUUAUAUUUGUAACAUAGAUAGAUAGAUGUGUACCUUGUGGUUUGCCUGAGUUGGUGAAUCGUCAUGUCAAUUUUUAGCUUAUAGUAACAAUGAGAUCUAAUAUCCUCUUUGGUCAGUUAAUUUAGAGUUGCACUGUUGCUAAAUUCCAUUUGACUAUUUGAGAAGAUGCUUUCCUGAUGCAUUUUAUUAUUACAAUUCAAGGAGAAUUGAGCUCAUUUUUUC